CUUCUGUCAUAUCUCAAGAGUUUCAGAAGGCUGCAGAGCCACAGGGGAAGGUGAAUGUACUAUGUCUGUGAGGUACACAGCAUGUACAAAGUACCACUUUCUUACUAGCAUCAAGUUAGAGGACUUUUUGCUACCACUCCUGCUUUGAUGGUAAUGCAGUUCUAAAAAAAAAUCCAAAGAACGAUCCAGCAAAAAUGGGUGAAGUGAAUAAAGAUGCCGUUGAAAAAUACUUGGAGAACAACCCCCAGUUUGCCAAGGAAUAUUUCGACCGAAAAAUGAGGGCAGAAGUGGUGGGAAGCGUCUUUAAAGUGAACCCUGGAGAUGUGAAAGAAGGAGUCAGCUUCAAGGACAUGUCCCGUCUGGAGGAGUCUAACAUACUUUUUGAGCUGCUAACAGAAAUCCAGGAUGAGGGAGGCACUAUGGAAAAGACAGUGCACAAGGCCCUGCAGAGGCUGGCACAGCUGCUGGCAGCUGAUCGGUGUAGCAUGUUUAUUUGCCGUGCCCGAAAUGGUAUUCCAGAGGUAGCCACCAGGCUUCUUAAUGUCACUCCUACUUCUACCUUUGAGGAGAACUUGGUGAAUCCAGACAAUGAGGCUGUUUUUCCUCUGGACAUCGGAAUAGUGGGAUGGGUGGCUCAUACCAAGAAGUUUUUUAAUAUACCAGAUGUGAAAAAGAAUAACCAUUUUUCUGAUUUUCUGGACAAAAAAACUGGUUAUACAACACUCAAUAUGUUGGCAACCCCAAUUAUGCAGGGCAAAGAGGUGCUUGCUGUUGUGAUGGCACUCAACAAACUAAAUGCCGCUGCAUUCUCAAAAGAGGAUGAAGAGGUCUUUAAUAAAUACCUGAAUUUUAUAUCUUUUGUCCUAAGAAAUCAUCAUACAUCAUAUCUCUACAAUAUUGAAUCCCGACGAAGUCAGAUGCUUUUGUGGUCUGCCAACAAAGUAUUUGAAGAGCUAACAGAUAUAGAACGGCAGUUUCACAAAGCACUGUAUACUAUUCGAAUGUAUCUGAACUGUGAGAGGUACUCUGUUGGUCUGCUGGACAUGACUAAAGAGAAGGAGUUCUACGAUGAAUGGCCAAUCAGGCUGGGGGAGGCAGAGCCUUACAAAGGCCCCAAGACACCUGAUGGAAGAGAAGUUAACUUCUACAAGAUUAUUGACUAUAUUUUACAUGGAAAAGAAGAAAUCAAAGUCAUUCCGUCACCUCCAGCAGAUCACUGGUGUCUUGCCAGUGGAUUGCCAACAUACGUUGCUGAAAAUGGAUUUAUUUGUAACAUGAUGAAUGCACCAGCAGAUGAAUAUUUCACAUUUCAGAAAGGACCUGUGGAUGAGACUGGAUGGAAAAUCAAAAAUGUCCUGUCACUGCCUAUUGUCAACAAAAAGGAAGAAAUUGUGGGAGUUGCUACAUUUUAUAAUAGGAAAGAUGGAAAACCUUUUGAUGAAUAUGAUGAACAGAUCAUUGAAACUCUCACACAGUUCCUGGGGUGGUCUGUUUUAAAUACUGACACUUACGACAAAAUGAAUAAGCUUGAAAACAGGAAAGACAUUGCUCAGGAAAUGCUCAUGUACCAGACAAAGGCCACCCCUACUGAAGUUGAAUCUAUACUGAAAUACAAAGAGAAAUUAAAUGCAAAGAGUAUAGAAGACUGUGAUGAAAAGGAUCUUAUCAGGAUUCUGAGAGAAGAAUUACCUGAUCCAAAAGAUUUAGAACUUUAUGAAUUCCGCUUCAGUGACUUCCCUGUUACAGAGCACGGCUUGAUAACUUGUGGAAUACGGCUGUUCUUCGAGAUAAACGUUGUUGAAAAGUUCAAAGUUCCAGCAGAGGUACUUACACGAUGGAUGUACACAGUCAGAAAGGGUUACCGGGAUAUCACUUACCACAACUGGCGACAUGGAUUCAAUGUAGGACAGACAAUGUUUACUUUGCUAAUGACAGGCAAAAUAAAGAAAUAUUAUACUGAUCUAGAAGCCUUUGCCAUGGUGGCUGCUGCCUUCUGCCAUGACAUUGAUCACAGAGGGACCAAUAAUUUGUAUCAAAUGAAGUCAGCUGCUCCACUGGCAAAACUUCACGGCUCAUCCAUUUUAGAAAGACACCAUCUAGAAUACAGCAAAACCCUACUGCAGGAUGAGAGUUUAAACAUCUUCCAGAACCUGAAUAAGCGACAGUUUGAAACUGUUCUACAUUUAUUUGAAGUUGCAAUAAUAGCAACAGACUUGGCAUUGUAUUUCAAGAAAAGAACUAUGUUUCAAAAGAUUGUGGAUGCAAUUGAAAAGAUGGAAACGGAAGAGGAGGCAAUUAAAUAUAUAUCUAUUGACCCAACCAAAAAAGAAGUUAUCAUGGCUAUGAUGAUGACUGGAUGUGACUUGUCUGCUAUAACCAAGCCUUGGGAAGUGCAAAGUAAGGUUGCCCUCAUGGUUGCAAAUGAAUUCUGGGAGCAAGGUGACCUGGAACGGACAGUACUACAGCAACAACCAAUUCCUAUGAUGGACAGAAACAAAGGAGAUGAACUACCUAAGCUCCAAGUUGGUUUCAUAGAUUUUGUGUGCACAUUUGUGUACAAGGAAUUCUCAAGGUUUCACAAGGAAAUCACACCUAUGUUUGAUGGUCUUCAAAACAACAGGGUUGAAUGGAAAACACGAGCUGAUGAAUAUGAAGAGAAGAUGAAAAUUAUUGAGGAACAAAAGAAAAAGGAAGAAGAAGCAGCUGCCAAAAAAGCUGAAAAUGCAGCUGGAGGAGGUGGCGGAGGUGGAGAUGAGGGAAAAUCCAAAACAUGUAUAAUUUUGUGAUACAUAAUCUCAAAGACACUGUUUCUGCUACAGAAAAGACACCUAGAAAGAACUUCAAUGAGCCCCAGUGGAUUUCUGCUUGGCAUAGAAUAGUACAGAUCAAUCUCUGAACAAUCCUCUUAAACAUCUGCCAUUUGCUGGAAAUAAUUUUUAAUUGAGUAAAAGAAACAGCUACAAUUAAAAACUGAAAAAUCAAAAGACAGAGGAAAAAAUGAGUUAACUGUGAGGUCUCGAUCUUAUUUCAUGUCACAAUUUAUACACAAUAUUUUCAUUAAAACAUGUAACUUCUGCACCCUGUCCUGAAAAAUAUAAGUAAUUUUGAUAGAUCUUAUAUGAAAUUACUGAAUGAAACUUAACAUGCAAAAUUAAAUCAAAAAAUUGCAGAUUUCAUAACUUGUGUAUUUAGAUUUUUAUAUUAUGUGUAUUUCCAUUUUAUGGAAUUGUGUCCUUUUCCUUACUACUCAAUACUAGAUACAAUUCUAGAGGUAAACAUUUAUUUCAUUUUAGGAGAGCUAAAAAUAAUUCCCUGGCUCAUCUCUAUAAGAAGCAGGUCCAUGGUACACAGUCUAUUUCUAAAACUACCAUGGAUAAAUCUGUAAAUUGUAUCCAUAGCUUGGAGAAACCACUCCUUUGUUCAUGUGCAAGUGGCUCUGCCCGUGGUUCCUAAACCGACUGCCUUUUAUUUUUAAAAACCUAAAAAGGCAGGCCAUAAGCAUCAUUUAAAUGAGAAUGUAUUGAUACCUAUACCAGUGUAUCUACAGCAGGCUCUACAUUCAAUGCCGCUUUAAAAAGAGCAUGUACCCAUGAUACACUCUUUUAAAAUGCAAUAAAUGGACAGAAUUUUCCUGUAUUUGAAAACCAAUGAAUAGGCAUCAGUUUAAUUUUGGGAAGGAGAGGAUAGAAGUAGGCCAUGUCAGAAUUCACGUAUCUCCCUUUCCACAACUGCGUGCAAAUUAGCUCUUUGUAAGGAACAUGUCUUCCUACAAAAACCUUCUGUCCUUGAAGAAUGACAGGGAGCACUCCGUACCUACUACUAAGGUCCCAUGAAGCUGGCUCCUCCUACAGAUAAAGGAAGGAAAAUGGCUAGUAUAUUAAGUAUGUAUCUAAGCAUUCAGCGGAUCCAGUCCCAUGCCUUCCUAAAAGGAGACGGAUAUCAAAUGCAAAAGAGCAGAACUACACAGUUUUUUUCUCUAAAAGGAUCACUCUCAGCAUCUAGGGAGAAGGGAGAAAGAUUUGCCCUACUAUACACCCUUCUAAGAAUGCUCUACACACAUACUGCACAGCUAUCAACAGAAAUUUUAAAAAGGACACAAAAAGUUUGCCACUUAUUAUGUCCUUACCUAUAACUGGCCCAAAUC